ACAUCAUGCCACAAGAAGAGUGAGACCCUGCCCCAUCUUUACCAUGGAGGACUCAGGAAAGACGUUCGGCUCUGAGGGGGAGGAAGCUAACUAUUGGAAAGAUCUGGCUAUGACCUACAAGCAGAGGGCAGAGAAUACACAAGAGGAACUCCGAGAAUUCCAGGAGGGAAGCCGAGAAUAUGAAGCUGAAUUGGAGACACAACUGCAACAAAUUGAAACCAGGAACAGGGACCUUCUGUCAGAAAAUAACCACCUUCGCAUGGAGCUAGAAACCAUCAAGGAGAAGUUUGAGGCCCAGCAUUCUGAAGGGUACCGGCAGAUCUCAGCCUUGGAGGACGAUCUCACCCAAACAAAAGCAAUUAAAGACCAACUGCAGAAAUACAUCAGAGAGCUGGAACAAGCCAAUGAUGACUUGGAAAGAGCAAAACGGGCCACCAUCAUGUCUCUGGAAGACUUUGAACAGCGCUUGAAUCAAGCCAUUGAAAGAAAUGCCUUCCUGGAGAGUGAACUUGAUGAAAAGGAGAAUCUCCUAGAAUCUGUUCAGCGACUAAAGGAUGAAGCCAGAGAUUUGCGGCAAGAAUUGGCUGUGCAGCAAAAGCAGGAGAAACCCAGGACCCCCAUGCCCAGCUCGGUGGAAAUGGAAAGGACAGAAACAGCUGUGCAAGCCACUGGCUCUGUGCCGUCAACUCCCACAGCUCAUCGAGGACCCAGCUCUAGCUUAAACACACCAGGGACCUUCAGACAUGGUCUGGAUGACUCCAAGGGAGGGACCCCGCUCACGCCUGCGGCCCGGAUAUCAGCCCUCAACAUCGUGGGAGACCUGCUGCGGAAAGUGGGGGCACUGGAGUCCAAGCUUGCAUCCUGCCGGAACUUCGUGUAUGAUCAGUCCCCAAACCGAGCAAGCGGCCCAGCCUCAGGACGGGGGAGCAAGAACAGAGAUGGUGGUGACAGACGGUCAAGCAGCACCAGCGUGCCUCUGGGUGACAAAGGGUCAGUACUACGUGCUGUCCACUCCCGGUGGGAGCCUCUAACCCAUAACCAGUAGCUGUUUUUAAAAGCUGCUGGAUUAUGUCAGUGAACUCUAUCCUCUCCCACUGUCCCUUGAGACAGUUAGGUGGAAUCUUCUAGUUUGAGCAUACAGCCAGAAAGAGGCUCAUUUUUAUUAUUUGAUUCUGCAGCCCCAACUCCUGGUCAUGCUGUGAGAAUGUCCUGUAUAAAUCACUUGUUUGGGACUUAAGCUUCAAACACUGCUCUGCUUCCCCCAGAAGAGGAUUUUUUUCUAUUUAAAAAAAAAUCUUUAGAAACCUUCAGGAAACUGAAACUAAAUUCCAGCCAGAUGAGAUUCCUGAAGCCGGUCACCUGAUUAGAAAACACGUAUCUGAUCUCUAGUGGCUUCAUUUAUUUUCUUGCCUGAGGAAAAUCAGACCACCUUCCAGAUUCAUUAGUUUUCUAAAAGGUGCCACCAUCUUACUGGACCCCUGGCUAUGUAAAUUCGGUGGAUCUGUGGCAGACAGAUGAUAGGAAAGGAAUGCACAUAGCUUACAUGCCUUUAGAAGUGUCUAUUUUUAGAGAGUCUUCUGCUGCUGGGCUUUUUGUGUGGCCUUGGGACUGUGAGAGCUAGAGAGCUAGUGUCCUUUUCUUCAUUUCACAGGAGAGGAAAUUGAGACCCAGGGAGACACUGCUCCUGAUUCUUGAUACUCUUAUAACUUGGUGGGCCCCAAUGCUAGCCAGUGUGUAACAGCUAUAAUGUCUGCUUAAUUUGGUUUACUCUGUCUGAAGGUUGGGAAAAUGCCUGGAAUUUGGGAAGUCGCCUUCAAUUAUUUCCUCACCAUCACUGCCGUCAGCCCAGGGUGUAGUCAAGAUGUUGCUUUAGGAAAGCCAUGGAAGCUGCAGCCCCUGGUGCCUGUGUGGGAGUUGUUACCUUUCUUCCCCUCUCAAAAAUAGGUUUUGGGUUUUUUUGUUAGUUUGAGAAAUAGGAGCAAGCCGUCACUCAAGCCAGUGACUGAAGCUGUUGCCCGUGGCCCCUGCUGGCUGUGUCUGUGAAAUGUUGUCUCAUGAUCCCCAGCCUCCCUGCUUAGUGUGCUGCAAACAGACAGGGACAGACAGGCUCUGCAGAGGGGUCAAGGUAUAGGUGCCCAUCACGUUCGCUGACCUGAGUCCUGGCUGGUCUUGACAGGUCUUUUUAAUGUCUGGAGAUGUCUUAAAAGUGGGACCUGAGCCCAUCUCAGACUCAGUGCAGCCCCCACUCAGCUGGAGCUGUCUUCCAGAACAAAAAUCCCCCAGUGUUCUAUGACACAGGAAGGAUCUGUGUACUGAAAUCAUGUCGAGGAGCAAAGAGUAAAUAGGCACAUGCCUUUUUUAAGAAACUGUGGUACAGUGUACCUCAUGGAGUUUUUAGCCUGUCUCUCUCUGAGGCUUUCAGAGGUGUGCUUGAGUUUCAGGGUAACUCUCGUGUGGGCCAGGCCAGUGGACAGUCUGUGUCCUCUUUAGAUCAAUCCCAACUUUUAGUUCUCCUGAGCCAUCUGCCCUGACCUGGGGAUGACCUCCGCUAAAGGACCCUGAGGGUUGUUAGGGGUGGAGUGGCCUUGAUAAUGGGGGCCCUUUCUCAGGGCCCAUUCAAAGCCGGGAUGAAAUAAUUGGGUGACCUUCAAAUCAGAUUAAACUCCCAGGAUUCCUGUUGGAAGCCGCCUUGUCAAAGAAGACAUGAACACAGGAUAUCCAGCAUCAAUGGUGAAUAUGUUGCUUCCUGCUUCUUGUGAAAUGUUGUCUCCUGCCUUUGGAUGCAAAUAACAAGGGCACAUAAAUCCAGGAACAUGCAUGCAACUUAACAACGUUUUGUCACUAAGUUAUUUUCCAAACAGCAGCAAAAAUAUCCUUGAGUUGAAAAUAGAAGUUUUCAGGCACUACUGGAAUUCAACAGAGAAUUAAACUUUGGCGUCCAGUUCAUAACCCUCAAAACAUUCUUGUAUCAGUAAAAGGUGUACUUUUAUUUUUUUAAAAGAACAAUAAAAUCAAGAGAAACUAAUUUUCAACUA